AUGGAAGCGUCCUACUCAUCCGAGUCCUCGGAUUGGGUCCAUGCUGAAGCAACAACAUCCCAGCAAUGGAACCCCGGCUCCGAAUACCCAGAUAAUAAUACCACGGAUCGCAAUCAGGCAAAUGGCCCGGACCCAGACUACUCAGCUCUAUUAUCCUACCCCGAAGAAACAGAUUACUAUGCCCUCCUGGGAUUAUCCCGGACACCGCCGCCCAGCGACGCAGAGAUCCGCUCCGCGUACAGGAAUCUGACGCUGAGUUUCCACCCGGACAAACAGCCCGGCGAGUGGCAGGAGAUCGCGAGACGGCAUUUCGAGCGCAUCCGCGAGGCGUACGACACGCUGAUUGAUCAUCGCAAGAGGACCGUGUAUGACCUCCUGGGCGCCGAGGGCGUCCGGGCGGAAUGGGGCCCCGGCGGGAGUAUGGGGAUGGGCGGGGAGGCGGAGCGGGAACGCAGACUGGGUGUCAAGGCUAAGUCGCCCGAGGAGUUCCGGAGGUGGUUUUUGGACGCGAUGAAGCGCAGGGAGAGGAAGGCCAUUAAUUCCAUGGUGCAGAGUCGGUUUAAUGUGGGGUAUUCCUUUAAGGCGCCUUUGCCCACACCGAGGAAGCUGUUGGGGAAGUUGGAGAGGGAUGAGCCUGUGGAGGAGGGUGCUGAGCAACAGGGGCCGGAGGAUGAGGCCGGUGAUGAGCCGGAAAUGGUCAUUAAUGCUGGAAUUUCGGGUGAGAUGCGCCACCUGACUCAGAAACUUUCAAUCGAGCAUCUGGAUGGAACUACGGAAAUACGUAAGGUUCCGUUGCCGCCCAUUAUAGCCUCGCAGGAGAUCACGCUUGGAGCCACUGUUAAUCAUGUGUUUGGUGAUGUUGCAAGCCAGAAGGGGAUCCUUAGCAAGCGGCCGUUCUCGUUCCUCAGAUAUUCUGCUGUCUCUGUUGGUGCCAUGGUCUUGCCUGUUCCGUCAGUGCAGGCGAACAUGGUGAAGGCUUUUACGCCUGUUGCCGGGACGAAUCCUUUUAACGUCAACUUCAGCAGCACGUUCUACAAGUCGCCUGUGAAAUGCCCGCCAGCAAUGGCCGUUCAGGUCAUGAAAGAGGUGGGUGAAAGGAAGCACGCUUUCUUUAGAUGGCAAAGCGGUACUAUCAGCUGGCCAGGCGCCGUAGAGCGCUUGCUUAGCCCCUUUCUUGACAUAGGUCUGGAUGUCGACUCUGCGUUCACCAUUCCCAAACAGACUAGCCAGUUCCAGGUUGGUUUGCUAGCUCUCCCAAAAUCUCAAAAGCAGGCUGCUUUUAUGGAUGACUAUGAUGAAGAAUCGGAGGACGGGGAAGAGGAGAGCGAGUACCAGCAGCUUCGGUCCAAGCAGCGCGCGGAAGACAAGGUGGGUGAAGCGUGGCAAAUAGGCUUUUCUGUUUCUCCUGAAGCAAGUGGCUUACAGCUGAGCUAUGGACGUAAUCUCUUUUCUGGAACGGCCGCCAAUGACCCCUUGCGCUCUGAAUGGAGUUCUGAAGGUCAUUAUGCUUUGCCACCGGCAAAUGAACCACGCUCCGUGCGGGUUGAAGUGACCAGUACUGUCAACAUGGAUUUGUCGCUAUCAUGGAAAGUUGAAGGGUCGCGGCAGGUUGGUGAACUGACUCGCAUGGGACUCGGUAUUGGAGUUGAAGGCCCCCAUGGUCUUGUCAUGACGGUCUUGUGGAGUAGACUUGGCCAAAGAAUCAAACUUCCUAUCGCCGUCUGUCCCAUUGACGUGGUUAAUGCGGACGCUGCCGCGCUUGCUGUCAUAUUUCCAUGGCUGGCAUACUGUGCGUGGGAAUUUGGGUUCAUCCGGCCAAGAGAAAGGAAGAACCGUCGACGUGUGAUAGCUCGACGACAGAAGGAGCUGAAGAAAUUGGUGCCAAUAAAGAGAGCAGAAAGCCUGCAGGCGACUGAAAUCAUGACUGAGCAGGUACGGCGGAGACAAGCGAAGGAGGAGAGACAGGACGGUCUAGUCAUUACCAAGGCUGAGUAUGGCCAUUUUCCUUCAAAGAAAAAGGGCAACGACACUGGCAAGGAAUAUGAGGUGGUAGAUGUCACCAUCCCCGUGGCCGGUUUGGUGGACCGUAGCCAGCUGGUGAUUCCCAAGAACAUGGUCAAGACUUAUUAUUCUGUGUUCUUGGAGUCUGAACUGUCAUAAACCACUACUAGUAUACAUACUAAUUGGAAUACUUAAACAGUGGAAUGUAGUUUGUCUUCAGGAGAUGAAGGUGCGGUGAGUUGUUGGGAUUUCCAGUGAAGUAGGGGAGGCAUCCGAUAGGUAACGGACUUUGGUGUCUGCCUGUCAUGUCAACAAUCCCACUGAAGUCCCGCCAUUUGUUUGCCGGUGUUACUCUCUCAGAUUCCCUUAACACCCGUCAUAUAUUCCCUGAACGUGUUUAUCCAUCUUUGCGAUCUUUUCACUUUACACCUCCAUUCUGUCACAUCCUUUCACACCCUUAACCGCGUAACCACACCUCCUUCCCCAACUAACCCUACAUAAACAUGACUGCAAGCCGUGAUGACAGUGCCAAAGAUGGCAGCCCUUUUGCUGCGAUCAAUACGCCAGUUACUUUUGCCAAUGCCAAAUACCGAUCUACUGGCCCGGCGCUGCAGCUAGAAGAGCAUACUGCAACUGCGGCUGUGACUCCCACUACUCCUACUUCUACUGCUUUCACUGCUUCUACUAGACCUG